AUGGGUUCUCGCAGCCAAGGCUUCUUCCCCCCCCACCACCACCACCACCACCACCACCACCAUCGUAGCUCCUCCACGGCGCCGCUGCCAUCGUCGUCGGUUCCCCGCCUGCCGCCCGAGGGCGGCAUGGCCCAGAUCACGCCGGGCCUGUUCCUGAGCCGCGGCAACGUAGCCUCCAACCGCGGCCUGCUUCUGGCCAAGGGCAUCACGUGCGUGGUCAACGCGACGCUGGAGCUGCCCAACUUCAACUGGCCGCACGUUGAGUACGUGAAGGUGCCGCUGGCGGACGCGCCGCACUCGCCCAUCUCGCUCUACUUCGACGGCGUGGCCGACAAGAUCCACAGCGUGGGCCGCAAGCGCGGCGCCGUCCUGGUGCACUGCGCGGCGGGCGUCAGCCGCUCCGCCUCGCUGUGCCUGGCCUACCUCAUGAAGUACCACCGCGUGUCGCUCGCCGACGCCCACGCCUGGGUCAAGGCCCGCCGGCCCGUCAUCCGGCCCAACGGCGGCUUCUGGCGCCAGCUCAUCGAGUACGAACGCAAGCUGUUCGGAAGGAACUCGGUCAAGAUGGUGCAGACGCCCUACGGGGUCAUCCCAGAUGUGUACCAGAGAGACCGCCGCAGUCUGGCGCCCUACUGGGGACUGUGAACCCUCCCCCUCGUGGAACUGCGGCGCGAGGAAGGGGACCGGUUUCCUGGUGUGGGCUGCGCUUGUCCUGGUGUCACAACGCCGAUUUCGUCGCGCGACCGAGCUUGAAACUCGUUGGCUUCUACGGCGGUGCCUCGACUUGCGUGCUACUCGAGUCAUGGGAAAUACCGUUAGUCCCCCCGCCCCCCCCCCCCCCCCCACCCCCACCAACCAUAUUAAGUCGGGUCACUUGUAAGUUGGGGUGUCGCUGAUAUCACGAUGUAGGAAAACUUUCCAGAAUGUACAGUCGGCUUUUUGAAAGCACUGCACAGUGGUCAGUUUCACUGUUGUUCUUUUUCCUUUCGGUUUGUCCCGUACGGGGUCGCCACACCUCGACAUCCGUUUCCGCGUCGACUUACCUUAUCUCGUGCUUCGUCCGCCGCCGUCACCCCAACUGCCCUCGCGACCUUUUCUUCGGUCUUCCUCGGUCUCGCUCUCUUCCCUGGUAGCUCCAUCCUUGCCAUCCUCCUACCGCUUUGCUCGCUCUUUUACCUCCGAACUCGUCCACACCAUCCAACCAUCUCUCGAUCGAACCCUGCAUCCAAAACAUCCAACUUUGGCCGUCCCUCUGGCCCAUUUCUGAUCCUGCCCGCUCCUCGCUCGAACCUCAACAUUUUCAUUUCUGCUCCCCGUCGUCCCUUCAGCGCCUAAUCCGUCCGUCGUGGCCGCCCCUCGCCACCGGUUUCUAAGCUUUACAGUUAAAACUAUUAAUACACGCAAGGGGGUGUCAAUUGCUCAAGUCCAAGCCCGCUACCGGUAUCGGGUUCUCUGUGCACAAACGAGAAAAUGAUACAGUACUACAGAGAGUUGUAUUUAUGCAUUGUCUCCACCAAGGAUGACAGUUGGUCACACUUUUAUGUUGUAUUGGAUGAAUUUCUUGGCAUCCUUUUAUUUUGGUACCAAAAAUGUCCCAACUUUAGAAUAUUUUCACAACCACAUGUGGACUACCCCCCUCCCCCACGUUUUUUUUUUUUUUUUUUUUUUUUUUUAAAGUUCAAUCCCAAGCGGUGUGAACUGUGAAGCUUUUGCAGAAACACGAUUUGAUGUAUUCGGAAGUACAAAGGGAGCGAUUGUGAGGAAAAAAAAAAAAAGAGGAAAAGAUGAUGACAAGUUCUUGUUUAGCACAGAAAUGUCAGUUCAGUCGCGCGUGCGUUAUUGUAAUGCAGUUUCAGUGAUGUGUGGUGUUACAAGUGAUUAUUGACAAAUGUUGAUAUAAUGCGAGGCAAACGACAGGCACAAAAAUGUGGAGGAAAAGAUUUUUAGCUCGGGUGUAGCCGAAAAUCUGACAACAAAUGAAGCUUGUGCCGACGUUUGUGUUAGAAUUUGGGAGGGGAAAAAAAAUGAAAAAUAAAGGGAUGCAACACG